AUGCCUAAUACAUCGCAUUUAUCACUAUUGCAUGAUAGGAAUUAUAACGUCAGCGUUGUCGGGCUCCCAGGUUCUGGGAAAUCAUGUAUUUGCAAUAGAUUUGUUUUCCGUCAUCCGGAUUUUUAUAAUAAAGUGCAUCAGUCUACCACAAACAACCCCGAUUUACACAGUGUGGAUGUAAAUAAAGACUAUUGGCUGUAUUGGGGAUGUGUUUGUAGACAAGUCAACGAAGAUAUUGUGAAAUUUCGAAUUAUUGAGCAAACAAGUUUUUUAGAUGGUGUAGCUUACUCACCAUUCAAAUACUCAAGGUGUGAUGAUGGCCACAACCAACUACUUGAAUACAUACAUCGAAGUACCGAAAUUCGCUUGCUGCCUGAAAACAGGCUAAGUUACAUUUGUAAUGGAAAAAAUGGUGAGAAAGGGUCUCUGCUUGAUGACCUCUGUACAUCUGAUGAAGUCAUAGUUGAUGGCUUUAUUUUAGUAUGCGACGUUAGCGGCGAAUCACGGAACUCUGAAUGUAUUGAUGUUAGCUGCUUUUGCAAUAAUGCUGCUAUUCAAGAGUUUCUGGCUUGCUUGCUGAAAGCUCGGAAGCCCGUUGUAAUGGUGCUGUCUAAAUUGGAUAACUGUGAUAUUUCUAAGCUGGGAAGACUAGAAUUUUUCCGCAAAUCAAGUGAAUUCAAGAAAAUUCCCGUUAUCGAAACGUCGGCACAUGAAAAUAUCAAUAUUGAAGAGGCAUUUAUCACUCUUUUUAAGUUAAUGGAAUCCAAAUUCCGCGUUUCUAAGUUCAAACAUACACCGUAUCUAGAUGCCGUUCAUAAAAGAACUGAGGAGAUACAAUCUGCUAUGCAUGCGUUUAUACGCCUGUUGCUUUUAUCUCUACCUGAGUUUUUAACUGACUGGAAUAGUUUCUUGGCCAGAUACAGCCAUCAUACUGAUGUGGUGAACUAUAUCAACUUGGUUAGUUCUUCAAACGCAAGACGUAAAUUUGAAACAGUAGUUCAGGAACGUCUCAGAACAGCUAAGCUCCAUUCUUUAGAUAGAGUUCCAGGCCUUCUCAUGCAUCUACUUCCAAAUCUGGAUGCUGUACAUGGUUUUUCAUUUGAACAGAUCGUAUCACAUGUUCGUCAUCAUGAAGACUUUUCAUUAUACUUCCAAGACGAUGCGUACAACGACUGUGAAAAUAGUGUCAAUGCAAGCUGUUGUUAUCCAUUACGUAACGACACACGUGUCCCUUUCCAUUUAGCUAUCCAACCAACAGCUGAGUCUGAAAAUUGCCCGUUGAAAGAGCACGUUGAUCUUUUAACAAAUAUGAGGCGUCAUCAUACAGAAAAGGCAUUUCUAGAAACUGCACUCCAUCAUGGAUUUUUAACAUUACCCGUCAGCUGUGAGAGUGGUGAGUUUUCAAAAGAUAUCACAAUCAUACUACCUGGACAACCACUUUCAGAUGUAAAGGCUAAUAUUAGUUCGCUUAAUUUGCCUGCCCUUACGAAAGGGGAAAUAUCAAUGAUCUACAAACAGUUUCAACUUGAUUUACAUACUCGGGUUCGCGAAGACUUUCUGGAUUUAUUGGUUGAAAAAACGGGGCUGUUUAUUAAAGCAGUGAUGGGUUAUUUAAUUUAUCGUGAAAAUUCCUCUUAUUUUCCUCUCCCACCGGAUAUAUCGAAUGAACAUUCUAGUGAACUGUUUCCAGAGGUGACAUCUGACUUGUUACCGUCGAUGACCACUCAGUUACCAAUGCCACAAAACAUUUCAAAUGACCAGAACAAACAUUACGUGGCUCCGCCUAAAGGUGUAAAGGAGACACAAAUUACCUGGUUGAGUGAACAGUUAUCUAUAGAUACUCGUUAUCAAGCUAUGACUUAUCUACCAUCGGAGCGUCAAACCUUAAUUACCUCUUAUUUUGAUAUGCUCUUCCCAUCUAUUGAUUCUCAUUGGCUUAUCUCAAAAAGUAAAAAUAACGAUGUUUUCACAACAUAUUCUGGAGGAGUUCAAAAUCCUAGGAAUUCAACAAUGCCCAAUGAAAUGGAUUCACCAGUGACAGACAACCUUGUAUCUAUUGAUUCAAAAAUGGAGUGUUCCUCUGAAAGUCCUAAUCAGCAGUAUUUUCAACCUGAAUUACCAUCGUCGUAUUCCUUAUGUCCAUCUAUUUCGUGUGGUGGAUGUAUGGAUUUUUUUUUCAAACGUUUUGUCUAUGAGUAUUUUUCAACUAACUGUAACUGUUUCAAAUAUCAAUUCGGUAGUUGUUGUGAGAGUUCUGGUAUCUGUAUUUGUAUGAAUAAGAGGAUAUCUUUUAAAUCAACUUUACCUGAUAAUUGUAGUAUUUCAUAUCUUCCUUCUUUAACUAUUGAUCAACCUCCAUUGGUCAUAUCUAUUGCUGUGGCAUGCAUAUGUACGGACACGUUGGCAGCUCGUGCUAUCAUUAAUCUCCUUUCAUGUGCAGGAUUCUGUACACUGCCGUUAACUUCAAAAGCUUCUAAAUAUUCUUCUACUCAUUGUUUAAAUCACAAAUAUCAUCAGUGUGAUCAUGUAAAGUCUUUAAUUACAUCUGCUGCAAAAAUGAUUAAUUCAUCAGAUCCAUUAGUGCUAGGUGCUACCUGGCCUUUGCCAACGACGAGGUUAUUUCUUUCUAGUUCGUCCAGUUGUACAAAUACACCUGUCGUUGAAUUGUGUAAAGAUUUCUGUUAUGGUGAAGUACGUGUUGAUUUUAUUUCACAUCAUUCAUUAUCAAGUAAAUUGCUGUCUCAUCGAGAGGAAUUUGUACGUAAAUAUGUGCAGUUAGAUGACGAAAGCAAAAGGGAAUUCACAAUUAACAAUUCGAAUUUACCAUAUUCUGGAGUAAUCCUUAUCACUAGCAUUCCGUCUUCUGAUGAGGAGGAACAGCACAACUUAGCUCUUAACACUUCGGAGUCAUUAGAAAACGUCAAAAAUGAGGCGAGUCUUAUAAAUUUAUCAGAGAAUAAUUUCGACGAAUGCGAUUCUAUACCCCACUUAACAUUAAAUGACCAACUGUCUGAUGCAGUUGAAGGCCACCUGAUGGCUAACAGAGAAUAUGGUCCACCCUCCAAAUUUUCAUGUACUGAAGAUCAUUUGUCUUGCGCCUGCUGCAAACUGUUUUAUAAUAAUAAAGCUAUCAGCAAUUCGGGAUGUGCUUGUGGUAAGUGUUGCAACUGUGUAUAUUCGCAGAAAAGUUCCAAUCAUAACUCACUUCCAUAUGCAGGAGUCGGUCAUCAGGGGAAUAAAAGAUUUCGUUCCAGUUUAAUCUGUCCUCAUCGUAGACGUUCUUGGAAAGCAAGAGCUGCGGCCAUUAAUGCAAUCGUUGAUCUAGUUCCAAAAAGUAUUCCCCAUUUGGUUCUACUGACAGAAUCAUCUGACAGUUAUAAUAAGUUAAACAGUAAAUCAAAUUCAGAUUCGUUUCCUCCAGUUUAUCUUGCACCUGAAUCACUAGGAUUCUCUACGCUUUCGAAACAUUUAUCUUCUAACACUCCAUGUGAUCAAGAUUUGAAAUCAUCUGUCCCACUGGGCUCUGAAUCUCAUCCACCUGAUUGGAUGCCUGCAGGAACAAAUAUCCUGGAUCAUGUUAUAAACUUUCUCAGUGAUUGUUGGAAUAAAAUGAGUCAAAAUGCGCCUUCCAAGCAUUUUGAGAAACAAAAAGUCGGCAGUUACUACACUCCUAAACAAAGUUCUUUUGUAUCAAAUAGAUCAAGUUCACCUAAUUUAAUGGUAACAGCCAAUUCAGCAUCUCAGUCUUCUCCAGAAGCACCAUCAGAAAAAUCAUUCAGUGGAGGACUUUUAAAUACGUUGUCUAUAGCUUCGGCUACUGGACGCAAAGCCAUACAUUCUGCUAACCAGGCUUUAAGGAAACUUUCUAGCAGUGCUAAACGUCAUCACAAUUGUAAAUUAUCUCCUGUUAGUAGCACUUCUAAAGGAUUUCUACCUUCGAUUUUCGAUAUUCAUGGUAAAGCUAACACCAAUGAGCAAAUAUCUUGUUUUGCAAGUAUCCAAGCAAACACUCUAGAAUCAACUCUUCUACAAAAUACCAAUAUUCUUUCACCUUCUUUGCCUCCUCCUCCGAUUGUAUUAAAUUUGUCGUCGCAAUCUAACAACAUUUCGAGUGAAUAUAAUCGUAUAUUUUCAGAAACGCUGAGUAAUGAUCAACAUCCCGUUCGUUGGGAAACUGGCACUUCACCUGUUCGUGCAUACCGUGAAGAGUCGCCUGUUCGAAAAGAAAAAGUGAAAUCGCAGCAUAAAAAUUCACACCUGAAAAAAUUUCAUUCGAAAUCGAUGCAUAAUAAGAUUAUUCCUUUAAAUAAUUCAUCAGUCUGUCUCAUCGAUGAUUCUAAUCCAUCAUUAUGUCGAUCUACUGUUCGAGAUUUCAGAAGACUUACUACUAUUGAUAGUAAUAAAAUGAAUGUACAAAUAAACCUUGAUAUCUCACCGUCAUCAGCGUCUUCAUCAUUAUCAUCAACAAAAGUCUCAUUUUUGCAGAGUCCUGAUAAAUCAUCUUAUCAUGAAAAUUAUACUGAUAAUAUCUUGUACAGUGCUAAAAUUCCACAUACUGGAUUAUAUGAUGACUGUCGUUGUUUAAAUCAUGCACCGGAAACACUCAAAUAUAGUAAACAAGAUGUACAACAUGUCCAUGAAAUGCCGUCUUCGAAUUUUAAUGCAACCGUAAUGGCUGAUGAUGUUAAUGCACCUUCGUCUGUGUCUUUGAAUGGAGACAUGACAAAAGACUGUUAUCAAUUGCACAAUGAAGUGGAGAAUUCAAUCCCCAUUAGUGAUCAUCAGGGCUAUACAACAUCAUCUGGUUUAAACGACCAUUAUUUUUUGACCGGUUCACUAUUACAAAAUGAUACCGACACAUAUUUUACUAUGCAAAAUAAUGAUGAUAUUGAAUCAAUAUAUGAUGAGAUAAUUCCAAUUGAAUCAUUAUCAAUUGAGAAUGAACACUGUAGUUUCACAAAUGAUCAUCAAUAUGAUCAUAUGAUAAAUAAUUCUUCAUUACCACAAUCAUCAGUGGAUAGUAAUUACACUGAAGAACAUAUAUAUGCAGAACCUGUUGAUUGUUUAGGAUUUGGUUGCUUAGAAAAAUAUAUUAUACCACAGAAUUUUUCACAUUUUUAUACCAAUUUAAAUAAUCCACUGGUUACCAAUAGCAUAUCAAAUAAAGCAUUGUCGGCAUCUACAACGUGUUCAACCAGUGCCGUUUCAUUAACAAGUACGUCAAACACUUGGUUUGGAAAUACGAUAGGUUCUCGACGAGAACGUUAUCGAUCAUUCAGUACACCUGAAGGAUGUUCUACAGCUUCUGAUGAUAAUGACAGACAAGGUGUCUGUGGUUCAUCGACCAGCUUCUUAUCCAGUAUUAAUUUUUCGAAAAAUAUGGUACAUCCUCUCUCUGCAAAGCAAAUCCACUCGCGGUCCGUAAGGUCUAGUCAUGCUGAUGAAUUGUGUAACGGCCUUCAUUUGGAUUUCAGUACUAACAGUACAUCAUUUUCAACUACUACCUCACCUUUAAAAUCUCGUAUGCAUAGUACAGAUGCAGUUUUUGAAAAGUUAAUACAUUACAGUACUCCUGUCAGUUCACCUGCUUCCAUCACUUUAAGUGAUGAUUUGAGUGAAAAUGAAUUUUCCAAUUUUUCAACUAUUCGUCCUCUAUCACUACCGAAUCCUUUAUCUCGUUCACAUCAUCAUCAUUUUUGGCAUCAUCCAAAAUGUCCUCAUUAUCAAAUUCAUCGAGAUUCUCAAGAUAGUGGUCUGGGAACAGUAUCACCAUCCUCUUCAAAAUUUCAACUGCAGUGUACAUCAGAUGGUUGUAAUUUCAACCAUUACAAAAGUAAUGCAAACAAUACUGAUAUAUAUUCAUCUGAACGUUUAUCAACUACAAAUCUACCAAACAGAGUUGGUCAACAAUAUCCUUGUAAAUCAUUUUCAUCUAUACUUUCACCACCUUCUUCUGUACUACCUUCAUGUUGUUGUCGUUGUACAACAUCAAAUAAUACACCAUCGAAACCUAUUUUUAUUGAUCCAUCAGAUUUCCAAACUCAUCAUCCUACACAAUCCCCGUUAUCUUUUCCAACAUGCGGUGUCCUGUCAAUGGCAAGUAGUAAUAAUAGUUACUAUUAUCGUAAUCCUUGUGAUCAAUCUUCUUCUCUUUCUUCUUCUUCUUCUUCUUCAUCACAUAGUCAUAGUAUUCUGAAUUCUGUAAUUCCAAAAGAAUUUAAGUGGUUUCGUCGUAACAAACCGCUUAAAUUGUUCGGGUAUAAUCGUUUUUCAACGGAAACUCAGACUAAUUCUUCUUUACCACCGUCGAUAGCAUCAUCUGCACCACCACCUAUGCCACCGCCGCCUCCUCCUCGUCUUCCUCCACCACCCCCUUUUUACUGUUCAGUCAAUAACAGCUGCAAUUCAACUCCGCAUACUUUAUCUAAUCCUCCAAGCAAUAAUAAUAACUUGGUAACAUCGUCCUCAUCAUUGCAUUUAGAAUCUCAACAGCUGUCUGUUGCUCGUUGUCAAUCAUCGUCCAAGAGUUUAUCAGGUUAUUCAUCAGUCAGGUUUGCCAAUCGAAGUGA